UAACACGUUCCUUUUACAAUACUUUAUGUUUCGGGCUGUCAUACACAUCACGGUCAUUACCUGCUACUUGCUACCUGGGUUAACAACUCUGACCAAGGUUUAUUCAAGCCGGCAGUGUGUUACUAAACUAGGUCCAAGGUUGUGGGUGGGGAUCGGCGCUUACGGCAUCGGCCAGAUCGCGGCAUUGUUAUACCAGACACACAGCCAGUCCAACAGAUAGUCGACUGCCAAGGAUCUGAUCUACGCCCGAACCUAAUCACCUUCGUAGCCGUUACAUCACUUCAUCAUGCUUCUCAAAGUCAAGCUUCUUACCGGUCGAGAGAUUGAGAUCGACGUCGAGCCUUCCAUGACCGUCGCCGAGGCAAAAAAGCGAGUAGAGGCCAAAUCAGCAAUCCCUCCCGCUCAACAGAGGUUGAUCUUUGCUGGAAAGGCCAUGCAAGACGACAAGAAGCUGUCCGACUUCAAGCUCGAGGGAGGAAGCACUAUCCAUUUGGUACUCUCGCUACGAGGAGGUUCGACCUAGAUGCCCAGUACCAUUCAAGAUACAUAUCAGCAAAGACUUGGGGAUUGUUGCGUCUGUCGAGGACGGCCGGGGUGUACGGCUUCUUCCCCGGCGACGCAUUGUAUUACGAUGAGAUACAGAACACACCAAUAAAUUACGACCCUACCCAGGUAGGAUCUCUAGCCUUGCUUGAGUCCUCUCAAGCCAGUCGGGCUGUGGCUCGAGCUGGAUAUGCUUGAUGAGCUUGUUGGCAACCCUCUCCAACAGCUUUAUGGUAACGCUCCGACGGGACGUGCAAUAUAAAGGUUGGACCUUGCCCCGGGGGUACAAAGCGCUCACAACCUCCACCUCG